AAGGGAAAGAGCUGUGAAUAUCGAAACAAUUCGAUUCUCUUUCCUUCUUCUUUCUUUCCUCUAAGGUUUGAAAUUAACAGAAAGGGAGGAAAAAAAAAACUUGGGAAUUGCUCUGAGUUUGGGUCUUUGCAUGCAAAACGAUUCAUGAAUAAUACAGGAGUGAUUUUCAUGGCACCUUAGUCCUUUUACAUUAAUUCAGGAGACGUCUCUACGAAAUCCAGAAGCCACCAUAGCCCGUAUAUAUAGAUCGUGACCACGUUAACAAAUGACGAGCAAGAUCUGGAAAGAGGCACUAGGAGCAGUGAAGGAUCAAACAAGCAUCGGCUUGGCCAAGGUCGGAAGCACCACCUCCGUCGCCGAUCUCGACGUCGCCAUAGUCAAGGCCACCAAGCACAACGAGACUCCCGCCGACGAGAAGCACAUCAGAGAGAUCCUCAGCUUAACAAGCUAUUCCCGCUCCAACAUCAGUGCCUGCAUCUCCGCCAUCUCCCGCCGUCUCAGCCGCACUCGGAGCUGGACCGUUGCCUUGAAGACCCUCGUCCUCAUCCAACGUCUUCUCCAAGAAGGCGAUCCCGCCUAUGAGCAGGAGAUCUUCUUCGCCACCCGCCGUGGCACUCGCCUCCUCAACAUGUCGGACUUCCGCGACAGCUCUACGGCCAACUCGUGGGACUUCUCGGCAUUCGUGAGGAUGUAUGCGUUGUACUUGGAUGAGAGGUUGGAGUACAAGAUGCAGAACAAGAGAGGAAGGAGAAGCUCAUUUGGGUACGAGGAUGAAGACGAGGAUGUAAGGGACAACAGGGAUAGAUAUAUAGUUACCUAUAGGGACAGAGACAUAGAGAAGAAUAGAUCAGAAAGCUUGGGGAGGUCUACGCCACUGCAGGAGAUGAGGACAGAGGCAAUGUUCUCUAAGAUGCAACAUUUACAGUUAUUGCUCGAGCGAUUCUUGGCCUGUCGUCCCACAGGUGAAGCAAAGAACCAUCGAAUUGUGAUGGUGGCUCUCUACCCUAUAUUGAAGGAGAGUUUCCUAAUAUAUUAUGAUAUGACAGAAAUUUUGGGUAUAAUGAUCGAUCGUUUCGAGGACUUGGAGGUUCAAGAUUGCAGCAAGGUUUAUGACAUUUUUUGUCGUGUCGGAAAGCAGUAUGACGAGCUAGAUCUCUUCUAUGCAUGGAACAAGAGUAUGGGAAUCGCGCGCUCUUCGGAGUUCCCGGACAUCGAAAGGAUUACCUCGAAGAAACUCGAGGUCAUGGAUGAUUUCAUCAGAGAGAAAUCCGAUACGGCACAGUCUAGAAGGAAUGCUAAACAUCAGGAAGAGAAGAUUGAAGAACCAGAAAAGCCAGAGCCACCACAAGAGGAUAUGGAUGCAAUCAAAGCACUACCACCACCAGAGACAAUAGUGGAACCAGUAGAAGAACCCAAAAUGGAGGAACCAAAAGUUGUGCAAACAGAAGGUGACUUGUUGCACUUAGGAGAUGAUGACACGGUGACAAGAGAAGAACAUGAGGAUAAACUAGCCUUGGCUUUGUUCGACGGUGCAGGGCCGACGACUGCCGGGGCUUCCGGUACCACACUAGCUCUUCCAUGGCAUGCUUUUGAGGAUGGUUCAGAUUGGGAAACAACAUUGGUGGAAUCAGCUAGCAAAUUGUCAAACCAGAAGCCAGCAUUAGCAGGUGGACUUGAUACACUAUUGUUGGAUGGGAUGUACAACCAAGCAGCUACAAAUGCAGCCAUUCAAGGGUAUAACUACGGAGCCGGAAGUGCCAGCAGCAUGGCUCAAGGUUCAACUGGAAGGCCGGCGAUGCUUGCCUUGCCCGCACCACCGUCAGAUUCUUCAGGAUGGGUUAAUAAUGCAGACCCAUUUGCUGCUUCAAUGGCUGUGGCACCUCCAGCAUACGUUCAGAUGUCAGAGAUGGAGAAGAAACAGAGAUUGUUGAUGGAGGAACAACUAUUGUGGCAACAAUAUGCAAGAGAUGGCAUGCAAGGACAUGGGAUGACAAGGAUGCAACCUAGUAAUUACAUGGGAGGUUACCCAACAAGCUUUGGAAACUACUAUCACUAACUAGGAUGAAUUUUCUCUAGUUUGUACCAUAUUAACACCACUCUCCUGCUUCCUAAGUGUCUGAAAACUUUCCAGCGGACUAAACAAGAUGAAGGUCAGUGUAAUUAAAUAGUGCCACUAAAUGAUCACUCCAAAAAAAAUUUCAAUUGGCGCUUGUUCACUCUUUUUUUCCCCUGGUGUAUGCCAAUUUACAUUAGUGACAGAAACCCUCCAUCUUAAAUAAA